AUGGAGCUGCGUGCGAAGUUCCAGGAACAGGAGAGGAUUCAGCUGGAGCAGGAGGUGAAGCAGCUUGUGCUGAUGCAGAGUGGUGCAUCCUGGAGUGACCUGCUCAGGUCUGCCUUGCAGCCCUGGCAGGUCUGGGCAUUUGCUGGGCUCUUGGUUCUUCUCUUGGCCGUAUGGUUUAUGUGGAGGAAAAGAAGUUGUGAGGCAGAGAUCAGUGGCGAGGAGGAGAAAGAAAAGGAGAAGGAGGAAGAGGAAGAGGACGAGACAUGGGCGUAUGAUCUGAGAUGGCUUCUAGAGGAGCGCAUACAGUGGCCUGUACAGGACCUGCAGACAGGCUGCAACAGGACAAUGGCCCUGAUAGAUAAUUUCAUAACUGUCCUCAGGCGUGCCUUGAGUAGGAGUUUCUACCCGGUGCUGCAACAAGCCAUUGGUAUUGGCAGUGCCUUUGAAGGUUGGACUGCCCGUGAGGAGGAAAUUGUGUACCAGGUGCUUGUACCCCUGACUCCUCCCCUAGGCCACCUCUUCCACCUGGAGCGUGACACUGACCAGCAGAAGCCUGGCAGGAACUUCCGUGUCCGUGUGGAGCUGGAGUGCAGGUGCCCGAGGGAGUACCAGGGUAUGAACAUGCUGUGCUUCCAGCACCACCCUGAUGUGAUUAGGAGGAUGACUCAGCAGCCCAACCUCCUAGACACGCUGUGCACUGACUCCUACCUUGAUGUCAAGAAAACUGUCCACUGGUUCUGCACACUGGUGGGAGCAAGCUGGCGGCGUUUGCCCCAGUCACGCAGUUGGCAUUUAGUACUGCUGCCCUCCAAACGCUCCUGCAACCUCAGGCUGACCAACGACCAAGAAAGCUUCCAGGUUAAGGUGCUGUUCGGGGUGCGGCGACACGGCUCAGACAUCUUUAUCAGCAGCCGGUAUCGAGGGGCCCACACCCCAAGCACAAUGUGGCCUGAGAGCUAUGCUGUGGCAGAGACAAAGUUCUUCAGGCACAUGGCCAGGGAAGCCCCCCAGGACAGCUCACACCUUAAAUGCCUGCAGCUCCUUGCCCGUGUUCUUGCGCGCAAGGACUUUUCCAUCCAUUCCAUCAAGACCAUCGUCAUGCGCCUGCUGCACACGGUACCAGUGUCACAGUGGCAAAGGAGACGCUUCCUGCUUCAGCUCUCAGAUGCUCUGGAACAGCUGCGUGUAUCUCUGGAAGAGAAACACUUGGAGCAUUUUAUUGUGGGCAACCAGAGGCUUCCAGAGGAGAUCAGGCUGCCCCCAGAUGUACUAAGGGCUAAGCCACCCAACCUCUUCCACGGUCUGACACAGGAUCCAGCUGCCCACUCCCAGGCGAUGCAAGCCUACCUUGAUCUGCGCCAUCGCCUGGCAAGAGUGCUGGCCUAUGGCCACUGUUAG